UGUGUAUUGUAGUCACAAAAAGCAAAUCGCAAUGCAAAUAUUCCUAGCAGAUGUGUUGUAAAUGUAUUAUAAAAUAUAUGUUAAUCUUUGAAAUAAAAUAUAACUUUUAUUGUUGACUUGGCGUAUUUUAGUGGUGUCGCGAUUUGUGUAAAAUGUUUCAGUCAGGAAAUCCGUUUUUGAGUUCUACCUUAUUAAGAGACAAAUCAAAAGAUAUUCAUCGUCGCAUGAUUCUUAAAAGUGGGGCAUGUAACGUGAGACAAGCAGUUUCAAAACGAGACAAGCUGCUUAUCCUGAGAUAUUCGAAACUAGUCGAUUCCAGUUGGACUUUUACAUUUUCUGUAUUUUUGGCGAUACUAUUUAUAAGUUGGACCUGUUUUGCUGCUUUUUAUUGGCUCAUUUGCUUUGUUCAUGGAGACUUUGAGCCAAAUCAUUUACCUGCAAUGCAAGAAAAAAACAACUUCAAACCAUGUAUUUACGAUAUGGUAGGAUUUUCGUCAGCUUUUCUAUUCAGUAUGGAGGCACAACAUACAUUGGGUUAUGGAAUAAAAGCUCCUACCCAAGAAUGUGCUGAAGCGAUUUUUGUAAAUGCAAUUCAUUGCAUUAUAGGAUUUAUAAUGCAGGGAUUCAUGGCGGCAAUAAUUUUUUCAAAAAUGACAAAACCAAGGCUCAGAUCCCAGACGCUGAUUUUUUCGAAAAAUGCAGUUAUUUCCCGAAAAAACAGCAAAUUGUGUCUUAUGUUUAGAGUGGCAGAUAUUAGACAGAAGCAUUUAGUAGAUACAAAAAUACGUGUAUUUCUUAUAAAAUCAUCGUUAACUCAAGAAAAGGAAUUCCUGCCUUUUGAACAGAUAGAACUAAAAUCGUACAUGGACGGAUGUUCAAAAGCUGUAUUCUUCAAUUGGCCUAUUGUUAUGUAUCAUAUUCUGGAUGAAGAUUCACCGCUGUAUUCUUUAUCUCCUGGUGAUCUAUGUCAACGAAAGUAUAAGUUCGAAAUAAUGGUAGUUAUUGAAGGUACUGAUGAAACCACCGGUCAAGUAACUCAAGCGAGGUCCAGUUACAUGCCUAAUGAGAUUUUAUGGGGUUACAAGUUUGAAAAUCUCAUUCAAUUCGAUAGUCUGCGUGGAGAGUAUGAAGUGGAUUUCGCCAAAUUUGAUAAUGUAAUAUGUGUAAAUACUCCUCUCUGUUCUGCUGCUUAUAAUGAUCAAUUAAGCGGAUUUCAAAAUGCGACUAUUAGGACAAAGUAUCUACAAAUUGAUAUUAAGCCGAGGCAGAGUUCUGAAGCAACUCCUUGACAAAAGAGAUGAUGCAGAAGGAACAUAACGUAGACAAAAUCAUAAUAAUUAUGGACGAGUACAACAUAUUCUUAAAGAAAAUGGUUUUUGCGUU